AUGUUAGCCGAAAACGUUCUUCGUGAAAAUACCAGCGGCCAGAGCGAUUGCCCUACCAAAAAGAGCAAGGGCUCUCGAGUGGGUGCUGCAGUGAAUAUGAAGAAGCUGUUGAAGGCGGUCAAACAGAUCUUUGUGUCCUCGGUGUCUGGACAAAAGCGAGGCGUCGACGACGUCAUCACGCAUACUUGCGCUACAGAAGAGGAGCAUCAGAAUUGGCUGAACGAACAACUGGAGGCUCAAAACACGAUGUCCACCUAA